GCACUGCAAAUCAGAGGGCCCUCACUCAUCACGAGAAUGGGACAUCACCACACAUGCUGCAACAGACAGAAGGUGAAGAGGGGCCUGUGGUCUCCCGAGGAAGACGAGAAGCUCGUCAACUACAUUUCCACCUUCGGCCACGGCUGCUGGAGCUCCGUCCCCAGACUCUCUGGCUUGCGGAGAUGCGGGAAGAGCUGCAGACUGAGGUGGAUUAACUACCUCCGGCCUGAUCUCAAGAGAGGCAGUUUCUCAAUACAGGAAGCCACCAUCAUUGUUGAGCUUCACAAACUACUAGGCAACAAGUGGGCACAGAUUGCUAAGCAUCUGCCAGGGAGAACAGACAACGAGGUCAAGAAUUUCUGGAACUCCAGCGUCAAGAAAAAGUUCGUCACCGACAAUCAAAAUGAAAACGUGACUGAUCAAGUCUUGAUGAAUCAAAUCCAUCCCUUGGAAUAUUCCUUCCAAAUGCAGCCUCCUAAUUUGUCUCUCCCCUAUCUUGAUUCGCUUUUCAUGGCCUGCAAUCUCCGAUCUCAGCCUCAGCUGCCGUUUUAUGAUGAGAUUGCGGGGAUUGAUGCGAGUUUCAUGGCGGGGCCGCCAAGCCCCCUGCGCUACCUUGAUGCGCUCGUGGCCGAGAUUGAAUCGCCCGUGCCUGCUGCAUCCACAGCAUGCGGCCGCGGUGUUGGUGAUGCUGCUGCUUUUCUCUCUUUCUGGCCAUGACUGUGUGGUUAUGAAUGCAUAAUGGAGUGUGUGUAUGAUCCCAGUCACAGAUGAAACUAUAAACUUUCUACUUUUGUUUUUCCAUCAA